CGCUCGCUCGCUCGCUCGACGAGGGCCAGGCGACAAGAGACAGCGAGAGCGCUCGAUGAGCGCACCCGUGGCGAGCACGCCGACGUGGGCGAGCGGCACCUCGCUCGCGCUGUCGGCCCUGAGCGUCCUCGGCGGCACGGCCAUCGCAGUCGGCUGGAUCCUGUCGGCCCAGCGCAGCCACCUGCGGCAGAAGCUCAUCCUCGGACUCGGCCUCACCGACUUUACGCAGGGCGUGACGACCUUGAUCGGCUCGGCGCUCCAGCUGAGCGGCAACCCGUACCGCACCAACUCGCCCGCCUGCAACGGCAGCGGCUUCAUCUACCAGGCCUGUGUCAUCGCCAACGCGUGCUGGACGCUCGUCAUCGCCGCGACGACCUAUGUUACCCUCGUCCACCCCUUCUCCAAGUGCACGGCCAAACUCGACAGCCCGUACGCGUUCCCGAUCACGGCCGCCGCCGUCCUGGUCGUCGCACUCGUGCCCAGCAUCGCCAUCGUCGCCACGUACGACAUGGUCAAUGCAGGCGGCCUCUGCUGGCUCAAGUCGGGCACGCGGUCCGCCCAGCUCACGCUCUUUGUCCCUCGCGCAACGGCAUUAGUCGUCGUCAUCUCGCUGUACACCCGCCUGUUCAUCUUCUUCCGCCGCCGCGACGUCGGCCUCCUCGACUCGAGCUCCGACCGGCGCGACGACCGCACCACCAACAACAACAACAACGACGACGACGACGUCGACGCGCCCGAGGGCCUCAAGCGCCUGUCGGUCGCGAGCAUGUCGGCGCGCCUCGCGGCGUGGAACCGCCGCCGGUCGAGCGACACGGUCUACACGCCCGCGCCGCAGCACACGCGCUCGAUGGCGCUCGAGGCCAUCCCGGCCUCGCCGAUCCAGUUCACCCAGUCGUUCCCGUCACGGUCGCGUGACCCGCCUGCGCACGACUCGGAGGACCUCCUGUCGGCCGCCGACCCGGGCGCGACUCGGCCUUUCCCGACGACGACGACGACGACGACGACGACGACGACGACGACGACGACGCCGCCGCUCUCGUCGGCGUUCAUCGACAGCCCGGCCGAGCUCCUGCGCGGCGACCGCAAGCCGUCGACCGUCUCGUUCGGCGGCCUCGAGCCGCACUCGAGCGACGAGUCGACGACGGCCGACGGGCCCGGGUCGGGCGACAGCCCGCCGCCGUCGUCGUCGAGCGCUGCGCCGCCUUCGUCCUCGACGCGGUCCAAGCGCCUCUCGAGCGGCGCGAGCAGCGGCUUCCCCGUCAAGCUGAGCCGCACCGGCGGCGGCGGCGGCGGCGGGACGGACUCGCGGCGAGGGACGGGCACGGGCACGGGCUCGCAGGCGCGCCAGCACCAGCAGAGCGGGACAGGCGGGCGGCGCAUGUCGCUCUCGCCGCGCCAGAUCAACAAGCGCCUGUCGAUGCUCAUGGCCGUGUUCCCGCUCGCGUACUGCGCCCUCGUCGCCGUCGCCGUCGCGCGCUUGAUCCAGGAAAUCUCGACCAACCAGCGCGCGUCGACGGCCCUGUUGUGGGCGUCGCGGUUCCUCAUCAACAGCAUUGGCGCCAUCGACGGCAUCCUGUUUGUCUUUGUCCAGUCGGCGUUCAAGUGGUGGGUCAAGAGGGACUCUCGACCAUGACGGGAGUAGAGCGCGGGCGGUGUAGAGCAGGGGGCGCCGAGGGUUAGACGGGCGGCGGGGCGGGGCGAGCGCGUACAGUGUUGUUGUAGAGGACACGAGACGGGACGGCGCAGAGCUUCCUCCAUGCUUGUACAUACACUCGCAUUCACCAUGUG